AUGCUCAAGACGCGCAGGAAGAAGAAUGUCAAGAAGGGCAUCCAGUUCUGCCUGAUGGUCUGCGGCGCCUCAGGAACAGGCCGGACAACCUUUGUCAACACGCUCUGCGGCAAGAAGGUGUUGAACCACAAGGACUGCGACGACCCAAACACGGCGCACGUCGAGGAGGGCGUGAAGAUCCAGCCCGUCACAGUUGAACUCGAUGAGGAGGGUACUCGUAUCUCUCUGACCAUUGUCGACACCCCCGGGUUCGGUGACCAGAUCGACAACGAGGCCAGUUUCUCUGAGAUUGUUGGAUACCUCGAGCGGCAGUACGACGACAUUCUCGCCGAGGAGUCCCGUAUCAAGCGUAACCCUCGGUUCCGGGACAAUCGUGUGCACGUCCUGCUGUACUUCAUCACGCCUACCGGCCAUGGUCUCCGCGAACUCGACAUCGAGCUUAUGAAGCGCCUGUCUCCCCGCGUCAACGUCAUUCCCGUCAUUGGCAAGGCCGACUCGCUCACCCCCGCCGAGCUGGCUGAGUCGAAGAAGCUCGUCAUGGAGGACAUUGAGCACUACCGAAUUCCCGUCUAUAACUUCCCGUACGACAUUGAGGAAGACGAUGAAGAUACUGUGGAGGAGAAUGCCGAGCUCCGAGGGCUCAUGCCUUUCGCCAUCGUUGGCUCUGAGGACGUCAUCGAGGUCAACGGCCGGCGGGUGCGUGCCCGGCAAUACCCGUGGGGCAUCGUUGAGGUCGACAACCCCCGUCACUCAGACUUCCUGGCCGUGCGGAGCGCACUUCUGCACAGCCAUCUUGCUGAUCUCAAGGAAAUAACGCACGACUUCCUGUACGAGAACUACCGUACCGAGAAGCUCAGCAAGAGCGUCGAGGGCGGUGCUGCUGCGGAUUCGUCGAUGAACCCGGAAGACCUUGCCAGCCAAUCCGUCCGCCUGAAGGAGGAGCAGCUACGACGCGAAGAGGAGAAGCUGCGCGAGAUCGAGGUCAAGGUGCAGCGCGAGAUCAACGAGAAGCGACAAGAGCUCCUGGCACGCGAGAGCCAGCUCAAGGAGAUCGAGGCCCGAAUGCACAGGGAGCAGAGCGGUCAGCUGCAGGAGCACGACGGCGAUGAAGCGUAA